AAGGAAUAUAUUUAGGUGUGUCUCAGCUGACCAAUAAGAUGCUGCAGUAUUACAGGCCAUGUCGAUAAAGUUUUGUUGACAUGAGUUUCUGGCCCUGUCUCGUGUGUAUCGACCAGCUUCCGUGAAAAGCUGUCUCAGUGAGAGCUGACCGUCUGUGAUGUCCGAAUGAUGCAAUCUUCCCCAAACGGGUAUAUAUUUCUUGAUAUCCCUUACAUCAUCCUUCAAUAUAUUUACGUUGUGUGGCUAUCUGUCUACGACAAUAUGAAGAAAUUAAUGGCGGGAAACCGGAAAGUUCAGAAGCGGAACCGAAAAUUGGCAAUACUAACAUUUACCAUUCUGUUAGUUAUGUAUAUGACGUCAAAAUACACCGUUACUCCGAGAUUUACUUUCACAAAUGAAAACGUUGACGUAAAAUGCAUUAUACCAGAUCUUAAUCCUUUUGAUAGAUCUAUAAAAAAAUUUGAGUGGCAUCCGAAUAAAAUCAAAUGUGAUGACAAUCCAACGCUUGUGUUUGUGAGUGACGAUGGAUUGCUUCAGUACAACGAUACAGCCUUACAACUGAACAAUUUGGUGGGACUCGCAUGCACUUACAGUGUUGUUAGUAGGCAAAAGGGAAACGAUGACUAUGUGGACUUUGGACCGGAAGUUAUACUCAAAGAACCUACAAGAGUAAUCGGAGAUUACUUCCGGGUUAAAUGUCAAGAUUCUGAUUCUAGAAACAUUUACGACGUCAUGCAUUAUCAGAUUGAUUCGAAGACUGUACAGGAAACUCGACAUAUACAGCGAGAAAUGGAUGACAAGUUCAGCAUUUUGAUUCUUGGUGUUGAUGCAGUCUCCAGAUCAGCAGCUAUACGAAAGCUACCAAAAACGAUCUCCUACCUCCGGAAUGAAAUGAAAUCAUUUGAGUUCAAAGGUUACAUGAAAGUAGCUGAUAACACUUUCCCUAAUGUCGUAUCAAUGCUGACCGGGAAAAAGGCGUUUUCGAACGAACUUCCAACCGAGGACGUCACUUCAGUUCAUUUUGACGGUUAUCCCUUCGUGUGGUAUGACUUGGCUAAAGCUGGGUAUGCCACUCUUUUUUCGGAGGACUACGCAGAUAUCAAUAUGUUUAACUUGGGUAAAGCAGGUUUUUUAAAACAGCCAACUGACCAUUACAUGCGUCCCUACUGGCGAGGAAUUAAAAAAGUUGACUUACUAGGCACUCUCAUCAACUCUGCUUUAAUAGGUUUCGAAGAUAAAAAAUUAGGUCUGAAAAAGACAUCCACUUUGUGCUACGGAAACACACCAAAACAUGUUCUAUCCUUGAAUCACACUAGAGAAUUUAUCAGACGGUAUAAUCACAAGCUGCGGUUCAGUUUCACUUGGCUGAACGAAAUCAGUCAUGACUAUGUUAACUUCCUGGAGUUGGGGGAUGAUGAUUUUAAAGACUUUUUCAGGUGGAUCAAUGAGAAAGGGCAUUUAGAUAAUUCGUUUGUUGUAUUUUUAAGCGACCAUGGAUCGCGGAUAGAUUCUAUUCGUAACACUUACAUUGGUCGGAUAGAAGAGAGGAUGCCGCUUCUGCACAUCGCGCUACCGCGUAAGAUUCGGGAUAGAUACCCAUCACUUGUGCAACAUAUGGAAGACAAUACACAACGUUUAACGACUCAUUAUGAUUUCUAUGAAACAUUACUCGAUAUCAUGAAUUCCAACUUCGAUUCUAAAUCUGGAGUACCGCCGUCAGCUAGGGGAAUCAGCCUUUUUUCACCCAUCCCAGAAUCCCGGUCCUGCGCACAGGCAGGAGUUCCUGAACACUACUGUGCAUGUUACAGCUCUGAAGAAGUGUCAGUCACUUUGCCGCUAGUACUCAAGAUAGCUUCAUUUGUAGUUGAUGAAAUAAACACCAUUCUAAAUGUACGUAGUGAUCUUUGUGAAGUAAUAUCAUUAAGGGAAAUUAAACACGCCGAAAAGAUUGAUCUUGGCCUUAAAGCCAAUGGAGAUGUUGAAUUUUUCACCUUUCGACAGUUUUUUGAGGAGCCUGAGAAACAGGAGGAAAGGUAUUUAGUACUUUUAGAAACCAUUCCCGGGAACGCUCUUUUAGAAGCGACAGUUCUAGUUGACAACCACAAUCAAUUUCAGUUGUUAGGACAAGUGAGCAGAACUAACAAAUAUGGCAAACAGUCACACUGUGUCAGAGAGGAUAUUCUAAGGUUAUACUGUUUCUGUAAGGUUGCCGCGUCAUGAGGUCGUUACGCAGUAAUAACCUGUGUAAACAAGGUAUUUUUCCAGAAGUCUUGAUAGUUAAGUACAAAGUUAAAGAGAACAACCUCACUUGACAGAUGUUACGUUUACAAGGGUUAUAAGUUGCAGAUAAAUCUACAGUGCGGCGUAUUUAGUCGAAAAUUGAAUCCCAACCACAGAUGAAGUAUAUAAGUCAAAUUUUAAAUCCUCACGGCUGUGUUUUAUUCGGAAGCCGAAUCCUCACGGCUGUGUUUUAGUCGGAAGCCGAAUCUUCACGGCAGUGUUUUAGUCGGAAGCCGAAUCUUCACAGCAGUGUUUUAGUCAGAAGCCGAAUCCUCACGGCAGUGUUUUAGUCGGAAGCCGAAUCUUCACAGCAGUGUUUUAGUCGGAAGCCGAAUCCUCACGGCUGUGUUUUAGUCGGAAGCCGAAUCUUCACAGCAGUGUUUUAGUCGGAAGCCGAAUCCUCACGGCAGCGUUUUAGUCGGAAGCCGAAUCUUCACAGCAGUGUUUUAGUCGGAAGCAGAAUCCUCACGGCAGUGUUUUAGUCGGAAGCCUAAUCGUCACGGCAGUGUUUUAGUCGGAAGCUGAAUCCUCACUGCGGUGUGCUUGUCGAGAGAUAUUAAUCCUCACGGCAGUGUUUUGGUCAGAAAUUGUUUUCUCACAGCAGUAAAAACCUCUCUGUACUGGUAACAAUAUAUAAGUUUGACAUUCAUGCCAGUUUCUAGGAGUAUUCAUUACUCAGAAUGGAACAAAGAGAAAUGUCAUUUAACCAUGUACAAUAUUGUUUAUUUUAACUUACAUGUAAUUUCCCCCUUUUAUGACUCAUUUGUUUAUCUUAUUACGCAAUCGUGUCUCUGUCGGUACACAGAUCAAAAAGAAAUUAAUUCCAACACCGUAUCCCUUACUUUUCCCGCUUGUAUGUAUAUGCAGCUGUGUCCCUGUUGCGAGUCCUGUAUGCACAGCUCGUGAAGUGAAGUGUGCAAUGUGUGAUGUUGAGUGUCCGUGGAGUGCUCCUGUAGAGUACGUGGCCUUGUGUGUACAGUACGUGGACCUGAGUUUACAACAGCACGUUGUCUUAUGUGUACAUUAAUUGACCUUGUGUGUAUAGAACUCUGUACUGUGCGUACAACAAGUGGUCCAGUGUGUACAUGACGUGGUCUUGUAUUACAGUAUGUGACCCUGUCUCUACAGUACCUGGUCCUGUGUUAAGAGCACGUGAUCCUGUGUUUAUAUCCAUGGUCCAUGUACCGCACCCGUUCUUGUGUGUACAGUGGGUAGACCUGUAUGUAGAAAACGUGGUCCUGUAUUAUCAAUACGUGUCUUGUAUUUACAGAACAUGGUCCUGUGAUAACAUAACGUGGUCCUCAGUCUUACAGUUUAUCAAUAUUCAUUAAAAACAAUGCAUAAAUGUAAUUAUCAUUCGGAACAAAAUGUUAACACAGAGGGAAGCUGCAGGUCUACUUGUACAUGUUCACUUUUAAUGAUGCAAAAUUCAAUGUAAACUAUGUACCUCUGCAAUGAACAUGGUCUGAAAAUACGAACAAAAAUCUAUAGUCAUGUGUAUAUGUUACAGUAAUCUUGUGUCUCCCUUCAAGUCUUUUGUUCCACUGUACUCAUUUAUCCACUCAUUUAGCCCUUCCGUUUUAAGGUCACGGAAUGCACUUGACUCUAAUACCAAAAAUAUACACCUUCCUACACGAGUUUCAAUAAUUGCCUUCAAAACCAAAACGAUUUUUUUCAAAAUAUCUGAUUAUCACUUGAUCGAAUAUUAAACAUUUUACUAACCGGACUCCCGCCAUAAUUGCAGCACUUUAAAUGAUGAUAUGUUUAAUGUUGAAAUUAUCAACUAUCCAAAUCUUACAUAAGGUUGUUCUAAUGAAAAUGUUUAUCAUUUCUUUUUCAUAUGUCAUAGAUUUAAUGGACAAAGAUUAAAAAUGUUCCGAAACCUUCACAGUUUUUUGUCCCAAACUUACAGAGUUAUUUAAACAUGUCCAACACUUCCGAUCGAGUUUUAACUCGGCCAUGACCUCAUGUCUCCUUCCCACCACUACUCUUUAUUUUCAUUGUCAUCUUGUCAGUUGUACUAUUUUACACAUGAAUACAGAGCUCUCUAUUUCUCUCGUGUGUAAAAUUGAAUUUAGUUAAGCUAUCUUAUGUUACAUAUGUGUGUAUGGUGUACAAGUACUUGUAUUCAUAGGACAGGGCGCUAAUAAUGUUCUUUUGCCUUAUGCCCAAUCAAUUUGUUUAUCUUGCCAAUAAAAUAUUAUCAAACUGA